GUCCUCUCCGUCCUCCGUCCUCAUUACUUGACCUUUUCCCGCACGCAGAAGGGAAGGGAUUCAGGUGUUAGGGUUUGAGUUUCUACUUCAACCAUUCGAAUCCCCCGCCAACUCUCUGGCGGAAUCUUCGACGAGGUCCUUAAAGUAUACGUUGUCUAUGUCCAUUGAACAGAAAGAUUGUUAUAGAAAACAUAGGCAUGGCUUUUUGUGCACCUCUGACCGGAAGGAUUUUGACACCAAGCCCUGUUCUUUGAAUCUAGAGGGUAUAUGAGUGGAUCGUAACUGGGAAGAUGUGGCUUGCACAAUCUGCUUGGAUUUUCCUCGCCAUGUUGGGCCUUUCGUGUGUGGUACUGAUUAGACUCAUUCAAAUUGUCUUGACCGGUUCAUAAGCGCAUAUGUGGUGCCUAUUGUUGUGAAAGUUACAUCACUACAGAUGGGGCUUCAAUGGUAUGCAUUCAAGACACUUUUUCUAACUCCAGCAGUCGAUCAGCCUGCCCACUAUGUAGAGGAGAUGUAACUUGGUGGGCUGUUAUCGAUGGGUCCUGUCGAUGCUGUGAAAAGAAACACUGUUCAUAUAUUGGCAACUUGACUGAGCUGCAGAAGCAUGCUCAGAUGAUACAACCCCAUUCAGGCCCUUCAGAGAUAGAUCCUGCACGGCGACUUGAUUGGGAUAACCUUCAGCAGUCUUCAGAGAUCAUAGACGUCUUGAGCACUGUACAUUCAGAUGUACCAAAUGGAGUGGUUUAGGUGAUUGUGCUAUCGAGCAUGGGGAUAGAUGACCAUGAAGAUUUUCCUCAUAGCAGGGUCAACUGGUGGUGACCUCCUCCUGUAUAUCUUGUAAUGUACUUCAUAGCGGUUCAAGAAACCGGCAGAGCUCACGAGGAAGCAGAAGAAGAAGCAGUCACCAUUGAAGCUCUGAUGGUUCAAGUCUACAAGAUCUGUAAAUACACAAUAGUACAGAUUUGUUGAAACCAACAAUGAACUUGCAAGACGUCUGAUCCCCGGCCACUACAGGAACGGAUCUCAUUUCUAUGAUGAUUGAGCACCAAGAAGCUAGUCCAUCAUCUAGAGGCAGCUUUGCAGCUUCGUAUGUCUCAGUUCUACCUUCUCUAUUGAGUUUGCCUGUUGGGAAUUUAUCUGUGGAUAUUGAUCGUAAGUGGUACAUCAUGCAUAUAUUACUGAAAUGCAAUUGGAAGUCAAUGUUCUUAAUUUCUAUCUUGAUAUAAGCCUAAUAUUUGGUUUGUAUUUGACAGUGAGGAGUUAUGGGCUUAGAUCUGCAAAGUGUAUGGAACCUAUUUGAUGCUUGUAACGUGAUAGUUAUACUUUGCUUCAAAAAUAGAUUAUCAGCUACAACUGUGUUGUGUAAAUUUGAAUCAAUGCUUUGUGUUAUCAUCAAAUAUCAAAUAUAUAGUAAUCAACAAAGGAACAUCUGUUAUGAGUGAUUUAGUCUGGAACAAGAAUGGGAAUGUCUCUCAUAUGCGGUUGGUCCAGUUUGAUCUAGGAGAUUGAGAUAGAUGGUUUUAUGCUCAAAUUAACAAGCGCAUUCUCACCCCAUGAGUUAUUUACCAUGAAUGCCAUCUCGUUAUUAUUGAGAUUAUCUAUAUUGUCUUCAUGCUGUUUGACAACAUUCAAAUUUUACCUUUCGGUAGUGUUAUAUUAUUUUUUCACAUAAAAACUGAAUUUUUUUAAUUCAGAUUGAUAAUAUACAUUAUUGUUUUUCGCUAGCGUUGUUUUACUUUUAAAUAAAAGCUAUGAAUUUUUCAUUCAGAUUGACAAGAUCCCAUUCUUAUCACGGGGAGAGGACAGAUUGGUCCUGUUCUCUGUGUCUCUCUAAAGAUUCUUGCACUUUCAUGGACAUUAUAGUUCUUGGAAGAUUCUUGCACAUGCAUUUCCUUUAUCUCUCUUGCAGUUGUUUGAUGCAGGUUUCUGUUCAUUUGAUAUAAAUUCUUAGACCUAGACCUUCUUUCUAGUAAUUUGUUUGUUUAAUUAUUAAAUAAGAAGUUAGAAGAUGAUAAAUGUAAGAUUUAAAAGGAUAUCUGUCUUCUGGUGCAUCAGUUUAACUGUUGCGUUUCUUCUUUCUGAAGUGAAUCUUGCCAUUUGGGAUAUAUGAUGAUCGUCUCCUUUUCAAUCCUACUUUUAUCUGUUGAUAAACAUCAGACUUGCUUGUUUACCACUGCAACAUUCUUUCAACAAAAAGCAUUAUGGAAAACUACUAUGAUACAGAGAGCCUCAAGCUGCAUCAUGGGUUUAACAUAUCAGCUAGCUGAGUUGAUUCUUUCUGGGAGACUGCUGGUGGCAAAGUGAAACUGAGGUUGAAUCUUCAUGUUGCUGAGCAGGAUUCAAGUGAUGGAAAUAAUCUCUCUUAUAGAGAUAAGACUACUAGGCAAGAGACAGGUUCCCUUUGGGUUGUUUAGAGAGAGAGAGAGAGAUGGGCAGAGCCCCAUGCUGUGACAAGGCUAUUGUGAAGAAGGGACCAUGGUCUCCUGAAGAGGAUGCAAAGCUCAAGGCUUACAUUGAAGAGAAUGGAACUGGAGGAAAUUGGAUUGCACUGCCUCAUAAGAUUGGAUUGAAAAGGUGUGGCAAAAGCUGCAGACUGAGAUGGCUAAACUAUUUAAGACCAGACAUCAAACGUGGUGGUUUUACAGAAGAAGAAGAUCAAAGAAUCUGUAGCCUCUACAUAAGUAUUGGGAGCAGGUGGUCAAUAAUUGCAGCCCAACUUCCAGGACGAACAGACAAUGAUGUCAAGAACUACUGGAACACCAAGCUACAGAAGAAACUAUUCGGCAAGCGAAAAGAACCACCCCUCCACAUCAACCAUGUUCCAACCCUACCUGCAUCAGCUCUCGAGAGGAUGCAUCUCCAAGGCCUCCUCAGCUCCCCCUUCUCCUUCUGCAGCAACCCUGAGCCAUGGCCCAACCACCAGCCACCAGGAGACAGAUCAAUUCUCCCAAGCAUCUCCACAGACUCUACCAAUCAAGCUGGUUUCCAAAUGAGAUCUGGCAUCUUAAAGUCCGAGAGCGCAAGUACACGAGGAGAAGUAGAGCGUUCAGCGCUAGGGUUUCACUCGGCUUCAACCGGAGGAAGCCUCAGCGUGGAGACUUCAACCUCGAGCUUCGAUGCUGUGACUGCAGAUCUUCAAGCUGAUGAGCUCGAUGACUUGCUCUACUGCAACCACUCCUCGUCCUUCGCAGGGCAUCAAGAGCACGAGCUCGCUGGCUUCGACUGUUGCAGAGAAGUGUACAGUGAAAAGGAGAGCACAGAUUGGUGGAUCGUCGACGGUUUCGAGGAUGAGUCGACGAUGGUGUCUUGGGAUUCAGCUUCAGCUCUCGGUUCACAAGAGUACGACGUUUAGGGAUUUGCAAGAAUCUAUAUGGUGUCAAAGAACGGUGUGCAAUCUUCAUGGUAGUGUUGUCCCAUUUGCGUGUGAGUUUGUCCAUGUCAGGUUGCCUCUCGCAUUACAUCUGAUGGGGAAUGGAUUCGUUAUGAACAGAAGCUGAUUCGAGUAUUCUGGGACAGAAGAAACCUUUUGCUGCUCA